AUCCCUUGCAUUAGAUUCUACAUUGAUUUCUAGCACAUACUUCAGUAUUAUUCUCAGGACACCUUCUCCACAGAAAAGCUACAGCUGAGAUCCCCUCAGUCCCUGGGACACAGAACAAUUUCCGACCGUACUCCCUCAUCUGAUCACACUGACUGACUGUCCGGACUCCGGACCCCGCCUGCUGCUGCUGGCUACCGCCGCUGCUGCUGGGAGACGCUCUAGCACACUGUGUCGCCUCCCCGCCCAGUAGUACACCAUUGAGUCGGGCUGGACCGCAAUGCAGUGUGGGAACUUGGAGGACCGCUGUUGGGAGGGGACCGGAAUCCGGAGAGGAGCGGCACCGUGAUACAUACAUACAUACUUCGGGGCGGACAGGCGGCAGCUACAAGUGCCUCUUACUCAGAUCGUAUCCAAUCUGAUGCGCGUCCCCGUGGCUGUCGGAUAGGAACCCCUAGGUCAUUGGUGCUGCACUAAUGAUAUAUCGGAAUUGGAUGGAAUCGGAUGAAAGAAGUUUAAGGCUUCCAAGUAAUACAGCAUGUCACAAACUGGAGAGAAGGUCAAGUUUUCUGACUCUGCUGGAUAUGUGGGAUUUGCCAACCUACCCAACCAGGUGCACAGGAAGUCUGUGAAGAAAGGUUUUGAAUUUACUCUCAUGGUAGUUGGAGAGUCUGGUUUGGGAAAAUCUACUUUGAUCAACAGUUUGUUCCUCACUGACCUCUAUCCUGAGAGGUACAUACCAGGAGCUGCAGAAAAAAUUGAGCGAACAGUUCAGAUUGAAGCCUCUACUGUGGAGAUUGAGGAACGUGGAGUGAAGCUUCGCUUGACCGUAGUGGACACACCAGGUUAUGGAGACGCCAUAAAUAGCCAGGACUGUUUUAAAACCAUCAUUCACUACAUAGAUAACCAGUUUGAGCGCUACCUUCAUGACGAGAGUGGUCUGAACAGGCGGCACAUCAUUGAUAAUCGCGUGCACUGCUGCUUCUAUUUUAUUUCCCCAUUUGGACACGGAUUAAAACCAUUGGAUGUGGAGUUCAUGAAAGCACUUCAUGGGAAGGUGAACAUAGUGCCUGUCAUUGCUAAAGCUGACACCUUGACCCUGAAGGAAAGAGAGAGGCUGAAGAGGAGAGUCCUGGAUGAAAUUGCUGAACAUGGGAUACGGAUCUACCAACUGCCAGAUGCUGACUCGGAUGAAGACGAGGAGUUUAAGGAGCAGACUCGAGUACUGAAGGCCAGCAUCCCUUUCGCUGUUAUUGGAUCAAAUCAGCUGAUUGAGGUGAAAGGAAAGAAAAUCCGUGGACGUUUGUACCCGUGGGGUGUUGUGGAAGUGGAGAACCCAGAACACAAUGACUUCUUGAAGCUUCGUACAAUGCUGGUGACACAUAUGCAGGACCUACAAGAGGUCACUCAGGAUCUGCACUAUGAAAACUUCCGCUCUGAGAGAUUAAAACGGACUGGCAAGCCAGUGGAAGAGGAGGUAUUGGACAAGGACAUGAUACUGCAGCAGAAGGAGGCUGAGCUGCGGAGAAUGCAAGAGAUGAUUGUACAAAUGCAGGCUCAGAUGAGGAUGAAGCCCUCCGGAGACGAGUGAGCUCCUUCUAAGGUUCCUGGAGCUCGGUCAGCCCUCCUGCCAUAUGGAAAAUUGAAAGUUGGUCUCCACAUGCUGUGUAGCAUUCCCAAACAUUACUUUGUUUCACCCACGUUCUUGAUCUGUACUACUUUGUAACCAUGUAACUUGUUUAAGUGUAUUUUUAUAUUCGUAUAUAUUUGAUGUUGAGGUCCAACAUAUAACAAAUUAGUACAAGUACACACAGGCCUGUGCUUGUUGCUGGAGAUUUUAAUUCUAACUGUUAGAAACAGAAAGUUGCAAAUCUUGGUGUCAGCUGUGUGUAUUUGCACUGCCCUGUUUAUGUCAUUAUCACUAGUACCCCGGUCUGUAAAUGUCAAGUACUUGCACUUUUUUCUUAUAACUAAAUCUAUUUUUACCUUUUUUUAUCAGAUACAUAUGACACGGUGAUUGUCGGUGAGGGUCAAAACAAUAGUACGUUUUUUUUUAGGCAACCUAUGGAAAUAAAAUACUAGCAAUCCUAUGUACAGGAUGUAAGGUACGAUACUGGCUUAGUUCAGUUAUUUUCUGGCAGAUAGAACCAAAGGUUCAAAUAUCAUUGGUACUUCCCCUCUUCCACAGUGCCUUCAGACAGCGCAACCAAGUCAUCUGAUUGUAUUCCCCAUAAGGAUGCAUGCCAUUAACAAGUUAUUGCUGUUAAACCAACUAGUGCCUUUAUUAUAUCGGACUGUUUCAGUUUAACGCCAUUAAACAGUGAUGGUUUUGCAGCUUUUUUUGUUUUCCUUUUGUCCAUCGGUAGUUACUGUAAUCACUGAGGAUUAUCAAUGAACAGGAAGCUUCUUGCCGCAGGCACUAAAACAAUGCUAUGAGUAAAAUCUGCACUGUUGUGAGAAAUAUCUGGACAUACCUAUCUCAUGCAAUGUUUCCCUUUAGAAACCAAACUCUGUAAAUUGUAAGAUAGAGAUCAGACAUGCUACAGUCAGUCAGCUUCUCCCACAAUUCUAUGCUGUGGCUGUUCCUAUUAUCUGAACAUAUAAAGGACAGGGAGUAAUGAGCACAGUCUCUGGCUCUCCUGUCAUAAACUGAAAGUAAUUGAACAUUUGAAUAAAAAGUUACUGUAGACCAACUGUGAGAGCAAUUGUUGCCGGAGUGAUAUUAAUACACUGAUGUUGCAGUGACUGGGACUCUCUUCCUCUCUACACUCCUAAAAUCAAAUAAAACAAUCCAUUAAUAAUCAGACCUGACUUUUACAAAUAACUUGUAAAUAAUAAUUUGUCUCCAGCAGGUUACACAUUCUUCCUACUGGUGUUAUGGCAGAAAGUCUUCAAAGGAGAGGGGUUAAACCUGGCAGGCUUUGACUUGUUUAUACUGUAUUAUGUAGCUCACAUUCCUCUUAGUUUGAUUUUUUUUUCCUUUUAGCAGGUGCAAAACGAUAAUGCAUGACCUCUCUGCUUUUUUAGUUUAAACCCUGACAGAAGUAAUAUCUAAUAAACUGUACAGAUGAUCCAA